AUGGAGGUAGUAAUUGCUGUUAUUCGACCUAAACCAAACGUAAUUACACAAGAUUAUCGUGCUAGAUUGUAUGAUAUUUUACUGUUAGAUAGUAAAACCCCCCCUGGUGAAAAAGUCAAGCAGUCCAAGUAUUUGCCAAUGUUAUCUAUGAAUAUUAUAGAAGAAGAACCACGAGAGUUGGUUUUAUCUCACCUAUAUAAAAUUACUGGUGCUGGUGAAUCAGGAGCUGGUAUAAAAGGUGAACGAGCCAUACAGAUACCAUGUAAUGAUCAAGUAGAUUUACGUAUUCAACAGAGAGAAUCACUCUCUAGGUUUUCUCUCUUUUUUGUAGCAGUUAAUUCACAUGAUAAAUUAAAUAAAACAUUUGUGGAUCAAGCUCAACAUACCCCUGGCUUUUAUCAAUUAGAUUAUGUCUUAGAAGUUUUAAAUAAUGGGUCUGUGAAUUUCCCGUCACCAACGCGUAGUCUGUUAGCUCAUUUAGAAAGAUGGCUACAUGAUAAACAUUCCCGUCCUGGAGCUGCGGAGUUUUUAUUUUCUCAACGAACAGAUUUCCGAAUCCGUCUGACUGUCCAUAAUCCAGUCUUCAUUCCAAGUCGUUUGGCACACCAGAAUGAUGGUUCAAAUAUUAGUGAUCUGCCUACAGACUUCCAAAUGACCGCCAACGAGGCCUUAGCCAAAAUGUUGUCCAUAGAAAAAUGUGAUAUUGUUAAAAUGAAUCCUUUAUUUGGUUCAGGUCUUUCUUAUGUUACAAAGGCAAAUAUGGUUGUGACUAAUAAGUUUUGGGAUCAGGGAAUUGUUUUACCUGGUCUUAGAACACCUAGCGUCAUGGAGGAACCUAAAUGGUGUGAUAAAUAUCCAGUACAUGAUAAAGCAGCAGAAGGUGAUAUUGAUGGAAUUAAGGCACUGAUUCAACGUGGUCAACACCAUUCCAAAAAGGACUCCAUAUCCUGGGCACCUAUACAUUAUGGAGCUUGGUAUGGGAAGACUGAUGUAGUUAGUGUAUUACUAGAUUUGGGCUGUUCACCGAAUGUUUCCAACAAUAAUGGAUAUACGCCAUUACAUAUGGCCGCUCAGAAAGGCUAUCCACUAGUAGCUAAAUCUUUAUUGUUGCAUCGUGGGAUUAAUGUGAAUGCUAAAGAUAGCAGUGGAAGAACAGCUCUAGAUAUAUGUUCACAAGCUCCAGAUAGAGACAGACGACAUGAAGAAGUUUUACAAUAUAUCAGAGAAGCUCAAAUGAGACCUAGUAUGACUAUUGAGAUCUUUCUAAUGGAUAAAUCAUCUAAACAGUUAAGAUUACCGUCUGGACAUGAUACCACAGUACAUCAACUCUGUUUAUUGAUGUUAGAGGAGUUUGGUUUACCUCAAGGAACUUAUUUAGAUAUUUUUACUAUUUGGACCUGCUCACCAAGUUUACAAUUACAACUGAAACCUGAUCAUAAACCAACUCGAGAAUUAGAAAAUUGGAAUAAAAGAACAGUUCACAUGCUAGCUGGAGCGAGAGAUGAAAAACCUGUUUUAAAAUGGAGGAGAAAUGCUAAAAUUAGCGUUGACAGAGAAAAACAGCUGUUGCACCCUGAAGCUAUAAAGAUGUUGUUUCAUGAGGCUUAUGAUAAUUAUAUUAAUGCUCUAUAUCCUUGUAAAGACCACGAUGUGCUCAUAUUCUCCGCUAUUUUAUUCUGUAUCUAUUUUGGUGAGCGUGAAUCCUCUACAGCCAAGACUUUGUUAUCAAAUGAAAGAUAUAUGAAGCAGUUGGUGCCAGCUGUAGUGUUAAAAGCUAAAGGUCCACUAAUAAAUAAAAUUCUAAAAGAAUAUAACAAUAGAGACCAGGUUAUAGGCCGUGAACGAUCGACUUUUGCUUUACAGAAGAAAUUUAUCAGCCAUUGUCAUCAGUUAACAGUUUAUGGUUCAGCAUUUUUUGAUGGUAAAUUUAUUCAUCAAACACAAAGAACACCAAGAUCCGAGACUAAUGUAGCCUGCCAUAUUGGAGUGAAUGAUGUUGGUUUACAUAUCAUCAAUGCUCAAACAAAGGUUAUGAUACAUUCAUAUACUUAUCCUGAGAUGAAGGGGUGGCAUGAAGAAGAAUUUGUCUUAGAAAUCCACAUACUAAAACCAGAAUCCCGCUCGCGUAGACAACAAACCAACAUAAUGAAAAUAAGAACGAAACAGGCUGGACUGAUAGUGAACCUAAUGGACAAAAUGGUGCAAAUGCAUUACCAGUCCCGAAAUAGAUGA